AUGGUCGUCGUGGCGCUGGGCGGCUGCACGGCGGCCGGGAAGUCCACGUUGGUGCUCGAGCUGCAGCGAGCGGCGGCGGUGCGAGUAGUCAGCUGCGACGAUUUCUUCCUGCCGCGCGAGCGCUGCCCUCGCUUCGACCUGCAGGCGCUGCCGUGGCCGGGCGAGGAGGUUCCAGGCGCCUUUUUGCUGCGCGGCGACGCAGACUGGAACGUGCCGGCCGCGAUCGACUGGAGCGGCGUCGCGGACGCGGUCGUUUCGGCGAAGCAGGCGGCGCAGUCUGUGGUCGUGGACGGCAUGUUUGUUCUCGCCGACCACCCGGGCGCGAGGACAGUGCUGCAGAUGUGCGAUCAUGCGGCGGUGCUGUGGGCGGAUGAGCACGCGGCCACCGAGCUGUGCAGCAGAAAGUACACGCGGAAGCACCUCGGCAGGAGCUCGUACGAGGAGCGCGGCGUCAGCGCGGAGGAGUACCGCGUCUACUGGGAGAACUACGUGUGGCCCGCGUGGCUGCAGCACGGUGCCUCCUCACUUCCCGCGGACUGCCUGCGCAUCGGCUGCACGGAGGAGCCGGCGGCGCAGCUCGACCAGCUCCUCGGGACGGGCUGGUUUUCUCAUCUCACAGGUGACGCGAGAUGA